AUGCUGGAGGGACUGUUCGUCUGGCAGGUUAGAGAUCUGGACCUGGCUGAAGUUCAGGACACCUGUUCAGGGCACAUCCCAAGUGCUCUUGAUAGACACUCAGCGGCCACUUUAUCAGGUAUAUUCGGCAGUGGCCUCCUGGACUCCAGCCCCCUCCCCUCCCCCGAGCCCAUCGCCGACAGCGACCCUGGUUACCACAGCAACAGCACAAGCCCCUCCCCCUUCUUUGAGACGGAAAACGUCACGGCUUCGCUGCACAUUGACGAUGACAUGACAUACAGCGCCAGCACACCUGCUGCUACCACCAGCCUUCCUCCAGCAUCCUCCUCUCAGGCUCCGCCCACCCAGACUUACACAACGCCUCCUGAUUGGCUGAGCUCUGUGACAUCACUCAGCACCAGCUGGCCGAUCAGCAGCACCGCGGCGCCUGACUCAGGUAGCUGUCAGCUGAUCGUGGAGCCUCAGUGUCACAUGUUGCCGUACAACCAGACAUGGCUGUCCUCCUCGGUUGCCGUGGUGAAGAGCUCAGAGGUCGACAUGUUGCUAAGGUUCUUCAGCUACCUCAGCAGACUGUCCUGCUACAGACACAUCAUGCUCUUCGGCUGCUCGCUGGCGCUGCCCGAGUGUAUCGCCGCCGAGGGGACGCACAACAGACGGGUCGUGCUGCCCUGCGCGUCGUUCUGUGAGGCAGCGAGGGAAGGCUGCGAGCCCGUCCUCCAGAUGUUCAACGCCUCCUGGCCCGACUUCCUGCGCUGCUCGCAGUUCAGCAACGUCACCUUUGCUUCGUCGCCACCAUCAACGCCAUCUUUGCCGUCCUCGCCAUCCUCGCCAUCCUCGCCAUCCUUCCCAUCAUCAUCGCCCAUGGCAACAGCAGUCCCCGCCCCCCCCGCCUGUUACACGCCGAGACAGAUCAAAGGGAAACCCUCUGUGUGCGGCGGGAAGGACCACUUCCUGUGUGCGACAGGGAUUUGCAUCCCACAAAAACUGGUGUGUAACGGGUACAACGACUGUGACGACUGGAGCGACGAAACACACUGCGUGUGCACAGACGGAGAGUUUCGGUGCAGCACUGGUCGGUGUCUGUCGCCCGCUCUGGUGUGUGACGGCUACGACGACUGUGGAGACCUGAGCGACGAACUCAGCUGUGUGUGCGACCCGGCUCGUGAACAUCGCUGUGGUGACGGGCGCUGUGUGUCCAGAGACUGGCUGUGUGACGGAGACCACGACUGUCUGGAUAAGAGCGACGAGCUCAACUGCUCCUGUAAGAGUCAGGGUCUGCUGGAGUGCAGGAACGGUCACUGUAUUCCUUCUGCUUUUCGUUGUGAUGGAGAGGACGACUGUAAAGACGGCAGCGAUGAGGAGCAGUGCAGCAGAGAGCAGACUCAGGGUGUGUGUCCUCCUGGUCAGCCCAGCUGUAUUUCCACUUCCUGUCCAUCAGUGUGCGGCGUGGGCGGCGCUGCCUGCGACCCCCGAACCAACAAUAACAACAACUGCACCCGCUGUGAGCCCAUCAGCCUGGAGCUGUGUAUGAACCUGCCCUACAACCUGACCAGCUACCCCAACUACCUGGGCCACCUGUCCCAGAGGGAGAGCUCCGUGUCCUGGGAGUCCUCUCUGUUCCCCGCCCUGGUUCAGACCGGCUGCUACCAGUACCUCAUGUUCUACGCCUGCACGCUGCUGGUCCCCAAGUGUGACCCAGUCAGUCUGCAGAGGGUCCCGCCCUGCAGGUCUCUGUGUCGUAAUGCGAAGGAGAAGUGUGAGUCUGUGCUCGGCAUUGUGGGAUUGCAGUGGCCUGAGGACUCUGACUGUAGUCAGUUUCCAGAAGAAGGAGGGAACACAACCUGUCUGCUGCCAGAGGACGGAGUCGACGAGUGCUCCCCCAGCCACUUCAAGUGUCGAUCAGGUCGCUGCGUCCUGGCGACCAAACGCUGUGACGGACACCUGGACUGUGACGACCACAGCGAUGAGGACAACUGUGGCUGUUCUGAGCGCGCUCUGUGGGAGUGUCCCGGCAGUAAGGUGUGUAUUAAAGCCAGUAUGAUCUGUGAUGGGUUCCCAGACUGCCCCCUGCUGGUGGACGAGGCGAACUGCUCGGUGUGCAGAGACAACGAGCUGUCCUGUAACAACCAUCAGUGUGUUCAUCGGACUCUGUGGUGCGAUGGAAAGAAACACUGCUCAGACAGCUCGGACGAGUGGAACUGUGUGUCUCUGUCCGAUCGGUCGGGGUCUGUACUGACGGUGUUCAGGACGGCAGCAGAGUAUCAGGUCUGCGCAGACGAGUGGAACCACGAGCUGAGCAAACUGACCUGCAACCAGCUGGGACUAGGAGUUCCCUCCUCUGUUUCCAUGGUAACCGACCACCCUGGAGUCCCGGGCCGCCGGCGUUGGUUGCACGUCCAUCCUGAGUGGAGCCAGAGGAACGGAUCAGCUCUGCAGGCCCGCCUGGAGAAGAGAAGUCAUGCGUGUCAUUCCAGGAGGAGAGUAUCCGUGCUGUGCACCAGAGAAGAGUGUGGUCUGCGCCCGGCGGUGAGCAUCCACCCCCACAGGAAGAAGAGGAUUCUGGGAGGACGUGUGUCCCGACGGGGGGCGUGGCCAUGGCAGUGCUCGCUGCAGAGCGGUCAGAGUGGUCACGUCUGCGGCUGCGUCCUCAUCGCGCGGAGGUGGGCUCUGACCGUCGCUCACUGCUUCGAGGGGAGGGAAAGCGCAGACCUGUGGAAGGUGGUGCUGGGUCUGAAUAACCUGGAUCACCCAGGUGUCCACAGUCAGAGCCGCGGCGUGCGCUCCAUCAUCGUACACCCGCGCUACAACCGGGCGGUGGUCGACUAUGACAUCAGCGUGGUGCAGCUGGACUCAGAGAUCGAGGAGACGCCGUUCGUCAGACCGGUGUGUCUGCCUGAGCCGGCCCAACUUCCUUCUCCUGACUCCUACUGUUACAUCACAGGCUGGGGUCACAUGGGCAACAGGAUGCCCUUCAAGCUGCAGGAAGGGGAGGUUCGGAUCAUCUCGCUGUCUCAGUGCCAGUCCUACUUCGACAUGAAGACCAUCACUCCCAGGAUGCUUUGCGCCGGUUACGACGCUGGAACAGUCGACUCGUGCAUGGGUGACAGCGGCGGCCCGUUGGUGUGCGAGGAGGACGGUGGUCACUGGACGUUGUUCGGCCUGACGUCGUGGGGCAGCGUGUGCUUCAGUAAAGUGCUCGGACCUGGAGUGUACAGCAAUGUGACGCACUUCACUCCCUGGAUCCAACAACAGAUCUACAUCCACACGUACCUGACCGACUGACACACACUCACACACACACACACCUUCAGUUCCUCUACCUGUGCCUAUAUCUAUACUGAUAGCCUUCAGAUGCUACCUGCUGGAUGAGCAGUAGUAUAAACUAGUAUUACAGAUGCUAACGAAUUAGCUAGUAGAGCUAUUGUUGUCAAUGAGUAAACUACACAUUCAUAAAUACUCAGAACUUAAUACUUAUUAUUUUUUCUACUCCACUGUGUUUAGUUUCUAAUGAACAACGACACACCUAAUGGAGUUUAACCACUGCUGAAUAUUUAACGUUGGAAUUUAAGUGUCUAUGUAUUUGUAACGCUAAAAUAUUUUACUUUAAAAACCAUCUGAGUUUAUGUGGUUUGAAUUCCACUCCUGUAGAUUUUAGGUUAAUGUCAAAGCUUCAUUCUAAGGUUUCAGAUAACAAAAAAAUAUAUAUUGAAAUUCAAUUAGUCAAUUUUGCAUCAAAAAUUUGAGUCAAAAAAAUAAAGUUGCUCAAAUUUAAUUUCUGAUCAUGAAAACAUCAAAACAUCGAGAAAAGAUUGAAUUCACACCUCAUAAAUCAGAAAAAAGUUUACACUGUAAAAUAUUUCACUGCCUUCAACAUCAGGGUCCUUUCACACCUCGUUUGGUCGGACCAUCCAAAAGUUACUGACUGUUCACUUUGAUCCAAACUAAAAUCACAGGUGUAAAACUUACCUGGACGAACAGCCGAACCUUGGUCUGAUGAAAGAAGCGGUCUCGGCUGAAUCGGUUCGGUUCGUUCGUAGUGUGAAAGCAUUUUUUGGAUGGUUCAGACAGUUGGACCCUUUUGCAUCACUUUUCAAUAUAAAGUUUUGGUAGGCGCAGUUCACAUAGGUGGUAACAACGGGACGUAGGUGAAGAUAACAGCACCUAGGGGACAACACCAGGAUGUAGGCACAGGCGACGGGACCUAGGUGACGACAACAGGUGGUAGGUAAAGAAAACAAGAUGUGGACAACAAUGACCGUACCUAGGGGACACAAUGGGAGGUAGGUAACUACGGCAGGGUGUAGGCAAAGAUAAUGGUACCUCGGCAACAAACACAAGACAUAGGCGAAGACGGUGGGACCUGGGGUACGGCGAUGGGACCUAGGUCACAGCAACAAGAUGUAGGCAAAGAUGAAAGGAUCUAGGCGACAAUGACAUUAAGUAGGCAAAGGCAACGUGAUGUAGGUGACGAUGAUGUGACACAGGCAAAGAUAACGAGAUGUAGGCAAACAUAAUCACACCUACGUGACAACGAGGAUGAGACUUAGGUGACAAUGAUGGGACAGAGGCGACGAUGACUGGACCUAGGCGACAACGACUUUACGUUGGUGAGGACAAGAGGAUGUAGGCGAAGACAACGACACCUAGUAGACAACGACAGGACAUAGGUGAGGAUAAUGGCACCUAGGCAACAAAGACAUGACGUGGACAAAGAUGACAUGACAUAGAUGAAGAUGUCAGGAUGUAGGCAAUGAUGAUGGCACCUAGGUGACAGGACAUAUGUGAUGUGGAGAUCUUCAGUGCGCUCGCAUCAUUGCAACAUGAAACCAAAACUAACCGGGUCAAACGUACACAGUGUCACAAAAACAAGAACCUUGGUUCAGACUUCUAGGUGUGAAAAGGCCCUCAGUGUUCAGUGGUGGUUAAACUUCACAGUUUGGUGUUCCUUAUGAAAUUUAAAUGAUCACAGACUUUCUUUGCCUCCAUAAACACGUUACCUGUUUGUACUUUACCUGUAGCUUAGUGGCAGCAGCAACUCAGAGGAAUUAAACUUUGACCCUGACAGGGAUAUUUCAUUAUUAUAUGAUCAGAUUAUUGUUGCAUUAAUACAAAGUGAACUGAGCUCAUCGUUGGGUUUCUGUGCGAUAGAUGUAAAAACACACUUUAUUUCCACGACAUCAUCCGAUCGUCUGCUUUGAGUGUUUUAAUUAUCAUAAAAAUCACAACGUUCAGACGCUCAGUGCUGAAUUUCUAAAAGCUGCUAUCUAAAACAGACCAGUUGAGCACUCAACUUCCCACAAUGCUUCACUCUAUAGUGCCUGUACUUAAACUUAGCGAUAAAAAAAGACAAAAAAAACCUUGUUACCUGUACAAUGUCGUACUGUACGUGUGUGUGAGACGGAGAGAGAGGAUUUUUUUUUUUUUGCUUCUAAACACACCGGCAACUUAUUUGGGCAACUUUGACGGACAACAUUUAUCAGCGUUAUUCACGCAGCAUUUUUAUCCUAAUGUGAAACAACACAAAAAACAAAGCAGUCCCACAAAAUUUGUUUUUGUCUCAUGCUGUUACGUCUUAUGUUACAAGAUAUUAUAAAAAAGUCUCUCGUAUCAGGACUUCAGGGGCUCUGUACAAAAAAUGUCACGUUUUAAAACUCAGUCAUAAAUGUUGGAUUUAAUCUUUUAGCCUAUGAACUGAAAUAUUCUUUUCUUACAUGGGGUCAGAAUUAAGUGCAAAAUAAAAACUAAAACCAGGUUGUGACAUGUAAAGUUAUAGCAUAAUGCUAACGUAGAUAACAGAUUAGUGUUGAGUCAUGAUGUUAACAGCGAGAUAUAUCGGCUUCAGCUUAAACAAACCAAUUUGCUCAAAUUGUGUAGUUUUAAAAGAAACCCUUUUAGCUAGCUAGCUCACAGACUUGCUAACACAAAUGAUUAACUGCCACAUUAGCGCUAGCUAGAUUGUGAAGCACAAAUGUAGCAUAUUUCCAAUAGAGAUCAAUAAUUAGUUUUCAUAAUGUUAGCAGUGAGGAACAUCAGCUUUUGCUACGUAUUUAUGAGCCAAGUUGAUCCAGUUGUGUUGUUUUAACUAGCUAGAGAUUACAGCUGAAGCUAACAAAAGCUGAACGUAACUAGGAGAUGUUUGGCAUAAAUAAAGUGUUAGCUAACUGCUAAAGUUAGCUUAAGGUAUGAGUCAGUCCUCAGCCUCUACAGAGUUUAGUUUCUCAACAGACGUAUAUCGUAAGUCAAAAAUUAUUAAUUUAUAAGUAAAUUUUCCUUCCAAAAUGUUGUUAUCAGUCGUUCAGAUUUAUAUUUCUCUUUCAGUGACAUUUCUUUACUUUGGAUUGUCGUUGGCACAGUAUGGCUGAUUAAAUAGUCAUGACAACCACGUGUAUUGAAGCAUACUCAUAAUGUUUUUGUACAGAGCCAGGCAGGUGUUAUAGAGGAAAAAAUAGUUUGCACAAUAAAUAUACAGAUGAAAUAACAGACCGAAUGUUACAGAUAGUUUUUAAGAAAAUACUCUUUAAUGUGUGUUUUAGGAAUGUCAACACAAUGUUGUUUUACAGAAGUCUAUCCAUGUGUCUUUAUCUAAAAAGAAAUGAAUUGAAUCUUUGAACAGAAAUUAUUAAUAAGAGGGCAUGAAUUUGCCUUUUUCCCAUCAUGCUUUUAUAAAUUACCGAUUAAGGCCCUGUGCUGGUGAUAGCGGUGGCCGGAGGCUUUAUGUUUUCAGGUCCCAUUACGUCCCAUUCUUGUGAACAUGAUAUCUCAAGAAUGCCUUAAAAUUUGGCACAAAUCUCCGCUUGGACUCAACGAUAAAGUGAAUAGAUUUUGGUGGCUGCAGGCUAAAGGUCAAGGUCACUGUAACCCCAUCUAUCCCAUUCUCGUGAAUGCGAUAUAUCUCAAGGAUAUCUAGCGGGAAUUUCCUGAAAUAUGGCACAAACAUCCACUUGGACUCAAGGAUAGAUUUUGGUAGCCAAAGAUCAAGCUCAGUGUGACCUUGCAUCUCUCAUUCUCGUAAAUGCUAUAUCUCAAGAAAACCUUGAGCAAAUUUCUUUUAAUUUUGGCACAAACGUCCACUUGGGCUCAAAAAUCAUUGUUGAGAGUCAUGACUCCUGACACCUGCCAGGCUUUGUAGGUUCGUAAAAACUGCAGAGUCGAGGAGCUCUUGAAUUUUGUUUCAUGGGUUUUAAUCUGAACAUUUUUACAUGAAUUUAAUUUAAGAGGUAAAAAAGAUUUAAAUAUUUGUUGUGUCACAAUUUUGAGGACAACUUGUGUCAAAACCAGGAGAGGAGUUGCCCAACAGAUUGCCCGGUGUACCCUCCAUGCUGACGUCUAACCGAUAUCCAGAACAUUCCAAGUGGUUGUUGUUGUUGUUGUUUUGUGUGUUUGGUUUUUUAAGAGUAUUUUUCUACAGCUUUUUGUAAGUCAUGCUUAAACACAGGGCUGUUGGUGUGUGUAUGUGUGUGAGUGUGUGACUGUGUGUGUGUAUGUGUGAGUGUGUGUGUACAUACAAUCGUGUAUGUACAGACUGUGUGACUGUAUGUGAUUUGGCUCGUGUGCGUUUUUCUUAUGUCACUUCCUGAUUUAGCUGUUGCGACUUUGUUACCAUGAUGAUGAUGAUGAUGAUAAUGAUGAAGAGUGUUAUUGGUUAAUGAUUUAAAUGCUUUAUGAACAGACUGUAGCCUCUACUGUUUUGUGUAAACCGUGAAUAUUUGGUUUGUAUCACCUUGUAUGGCACCAAUAAAACUAU